ACUAGCAGUCCGCUCCGGAGGAGGGCGCCGUCUGGGGACGCCCCUGGCGGACUGCUAGGCGCUUCCCUCUUCUCCCGGGACCCGCCCCUCGCUGGGGAGCUGCGCGGCUGUGCUUGGUCCCCUCUGCAAGCCCCAGGUGCCUGGAGCCCAGCACGCAGCCCUGCCUGGCUGCUCCCGCGGUGUCUUCUGUCCCCAUUGCUCUUGGCCUGCGGAGUGUGGUCAGCCCCAGCUCCUCGAAUGCAAGCAUCACCCAGAGAUACCAGCUGACUCUCCAGAACCUAUACUGACAAAGAUGAAUGUUUCUUCCAGCAUACUGUAACUAGAGUGUCCAGAUCAGUGUAGACUUGACCAUGGGAGCCAACACUUCAAGCAAAGCCCCAGUGUUUGACGAAAAUGAGGAUGUCAACUUUGAUCACUUUGAAAUUUUGCGAGCCAUUGGGAAGGGAAGUUUUGGGAAGGUCUGCAUCGUGCAGAAGAAUGAUACCAAGAAGAUGUACGCCAUGAAGUACAUGAAUAAACAGAAGUGUGUGGAGCGUAAUGAAGUGAGGAAUGUCUUCAAGGAGCUCCAGAUCAUGCAGGGCCUGGAGCACCCUUUUCUGGUGAAUCUGUGGUAUUCCUUCCAAGAUGAGGAAGACAUGUUCAUGGUGGUGGACCUGCUACUUGGUGGGGACCUGCGUUAUCACCUGCAGCAGAACGUCCACUUUCAGGAAGACACAGUGAAGCUGUUCAUCUGUGAGCUAGCCAUGGCCCUAGACUACCUGCAGAGCCAGCGCAUCAUUCACAGGGAUAUGAAGCCUGACAAUAUCUUACUUGACGAACAUGGACACGUGCACAUCACAGACUUCAACAUUGCUGCCCUGCUGCCCAAGGAAACUCGGAUCACCACCGUAGCUGGCACCAAGCCUUACAUGGCACCUGAGAUGUUCAUCUCCAGGAAGGAAACAGGCUACUCCUUUGCUGUCGACUGGUGGUCCCUGGGGGUGACAGCUUAUGAGCUGCUGAGAGGCCGGAGACCAUAUCAUAUCCGCUCCAGUACUCCCAGCAAGGAAAUUGUGAACAUGUUUGAGACGGCAAUUGUGACUUACCCUUCUGCUUGGUCACAAGAGAUGGUAUCCCUUCUUAAAAAGCUACUUGAGCCUAAUCCAGACCAGCGGUUUUCCCACUUGACUGACAUUCAGAACUUCCCUUACAUGAGUGACAUGAAUUGGGAUGCUGUGCUACAGAAGAGGCUCAUUCCUGGCUUCGUUCCAACUAAAGGCAGGCUCAAUUGUGACCCCACGUUUGAACUCGAAGAAAUGAUUUUGGAGUCCAAACCUCUUCAUAAGAAAAAGAAGCGCCUGGCAAAAAAGGAGAAGGAGAUGAGAAAAUGUGACUCCUCUCAGACGUGUCUUCUCCAAGAGCACCUGGAUGCUGUUCAGAAGGAAUUUAUCAUUUUCAACAGAGAAAAAGUAAAAAGAGACUUUAAUCAAAGACAAGCAAGUGUGCCCUUGGAACAAUCCAAAACCAGCACAGAAGAGGAGGAUGGCCAGAAUAACAACCUAUGAUGCUUUGUCACCUUCGGGGGACACUUCCCGGCACCUGGCCAGAAACUUCUGAUUAUCACCUCCAGAAGCAGCAACCGCAGCCCUUACUGCACCACACCUCGUGAAGUAGAAAAUGUGAAUGAAUUCCCUUCCGAGGUGGCCACACUCUGCUGGUUCUGGGCUCCUCUGAUCUGACUUCGCCACUCAUUGACUCUGCGACCUUAAGCAAAUCACUGAACUCCUCCCUCUGUCUCAGUUCACUGCUCUGAAGGUGGAGGGCCCUUCCGGAGGAGCUGGCCUUCAGUCUGUAAUGCCACAGUUGUUCUAGACAGCCUUUAUUUUCACUGUUGAAUGAACAUUUGAAAGUAGGCUUAUUUUUUUCAUUCUUUUUGAUGGCAUGUGAAUAUGGACACUGUAUACAGUGAACCUCUUCAGGGCUAGAGAAUAUCAUACAGGGACCAGAAUUCCAAGGCCUGGUUAGACAGGAAUAGACUAUUCCAGAUGGAAUAAAUACAUAGGUCAGAUUAGGAGUAACGAAGACUCAUAGGACCUCGCAGUGGGGUGCUAUGUUGGCUUGGUGUCUGUCAACAAGGCCCUACUGUGCCUCAGCCUCUCAACUUCCCUUCAGUGACAGGGCCUUGGUCAACUGAACGGAACUGACAGAAGGAGUCUCAUAUGCAGAAGUUUGGAAAAUGCUGCCAUCCGUGAGACUUUCAACAUGGCAGUUGUAAAAUACUGGACUCCACUUGCUAUUCACUGGUAUGCCUGCCCCUCGAGGGCUAAUUUUCCUCAGGAGAGGGUCAGAGGACACUGCUCCGAUGUAGGCAGGGAUGCUUUCAACCGUUCAGGGAAGUUAUACCUUACAGGAGAGUUGUCUUGCAUCUUAAAUCAGGAAGUUGGAGAAACUUUCCCUUGAGCAACCCCUAACUCCGCGUAGCACAGGGGAAGGAAAACUUAGCCUUUGCUUUUCUGUCAUGAAAUAUAUCACCUUUUGUUUUGUCCUUUAUUUUUCAUAAUAGCCAAGUAAAAUCCGGGACGAUUUACACAGAUUAGAAUUACACUUGAAGCAACAGGAGGCUUACAGAUGGAAGAGGUCAAAUUCAGGGAGACAGAUGCCCCCACAUUACACUCACUGUGAGAGAAUUGCCCAGCUGCUUAAAAUACUACUGAUGUCUCACUCUUCCCUGCCUUUAUACUUCACUUGUGUGAAAACUGUAAUUCAUGUAAGUGUGGUGCGUGCGUGUGAUGUAGCCCCACUGUGCUGAUGCAAAUGAGAUCUUAGAAGAACCAUUUUGGGUGCCCCCCUGGUGACACCAAGCAGAAUCAAGAAGUAGGUGGGCUUUACAGAGCAUUGUUCUCAAUUCCUUGUAACUGAGGCCAUCUAGUGGUCACAAUGGUGACAGCAGGCUGGCCCAAGUGACCUGAUCGAAGUCAUUUGGGGAAGGCAGACAGAUGAAAAUUGAUGUUAGCAACUAAGUUUGUGUAAAAAAAAAAAAAAAAACAAACCAGGAGCUGAACGUAAGACCAGCAUUUACGGUUCUCCAGAAUUUCUGUCAUGGCUAUGUUACAGUGCCUCUCUACUAAGAGCAACUAUAUUAUAUUUUUUUAAAGAACCAAAAACCACCUCCUCUAUCCAACUUGUAUCUCUGACGUUCUCACGUGUUAUUUGUGAUGUUUUGGUUGUGUUUAGUCACUGUUUAAUUCAAAGCCCUUGCCCUUUGAUAAUUCAGGGAGGUGAAUGGGUCAAGCAUAGCAUCAUUGAGGUGACUGAAUUGCGCUCCAGGCUGGCAACCUCGACAAGUGUCCGGGACCACAUGCAUGCCCCAGCUUCCACCUCUUGUCCGCAUUGAGGGCCUGACGUGCUAUGCUUCCGCCUUCCCUCUCCUGGCUCCUCCUCCUCCCGGGUCUUGUUGGCAUCAUCCAGGACAGCAGCUUUCAGAAGUGAUUCCCCAAGGACAGCAGGGACAGCAGGUCUCCACCGAGAUGAUGAGGACUGCUUUGCAUCGUUAGACAUUAAGGUGGUGAUAGGAACCCAGAAGGUCUCUGGAGCUUGAAUUCGUAGCUCGUAUUCCCACAGAGUAUCUUGUACCGCCGGCUUUCAGAACCCAGGAGGUGCUGGUUGUAGUGCAGUGCGGGAGUUGGGAGUUGUCGUGCCGGUCAGACGGAUGGCACGCAGUGUGUUACAUUGCUGGGUCUAUACCUCAGCCAUAGAACAUGUGCUAAGGAUGCAUGAUGGCCUGGGUUACAUCCCCAACACCAGGAGAAACAGAAUCGGCAUCUGGCUGGGAAGAAUAGCUGAUUCUGGGCACUGCUCACUGCUGAAUAUUAUAGAGAUUUAAAAACCACAAAAACAACCAGGCGUUGGUGGCGCACGCCUUUAAUCCCAGCACUUGGGAGGCAGAGGCAGGUGGAUUUCUUUGAGUUCCAGGACAACCUCCAAAACAAUACAGAGAAACCCUGCCUCGAAAAAAAAAAACAAAAAACAAAAACAAAACCUUCCCAAAUGUUCCUGGUGACUGCUUCUUAGUUUUACUCCCCAGUUUGAGCUAAAUGCUGGCACCCCACCCCAAUGAAACGCGAUUAUACUUCUGAGAAGAAUUAGGGCUGAGGACUUCAGAAAACGGUGUGACUACUCCAUCCUUUUUUUCUGCCACUUGCAGAAUCUCUCCCAGCAGUUUCCUCCUCUAACACACAGAGCAUCUGAAGGCCUGAGCAGGGUUUGAAAACCUGAGUGCCCGGGCUGUGACACCACUUCCUGCACUGCAGACAGCUGCCAUCUCCUGGGCAUUCCCAGCGGCCCAGAGUGGAGAGGUGGGACAGCCUUACCUAUGGAGCAAGCCUGGCUAUGAUCCCCACUCCCUGGAAGGAAGCACCUGCUAAGAGCCAAUGGCCCCACAGCAGCCCCGGUGUUAGUAGAGAUCAUCUCUAGGACAACAAUGAAUCUGGAGCAGCAAUCACAGUAAUCUAAUCAUUAAUUAGUGGAAAUCCAGGAAUGACUAGACUUCCUGUCGCUGUGGCUUUCCUAGUGGGUGUGUGAAUAGCAAGCUAGGACAAGGAGUGUUGCUGUCUGAGGUUGUCAGGGAUGCUACGCUUCAACGCCUCAGUUGCUCCGUGGAUAGGCGUGGCAAGCACUUUGCUCAGCUCCCCCGUGUUCCUGUGUUCUGUCCUCACAAAAUCCGUCUCCUGCUUCUGUCCGCCUGUGACUGCUGUUCGCUGUGAGUUCAGCGUGUCUGUCUAAUGUGAGACACCGAGACUCCAAAUUUCAGUCUUCUGUGCUGUGCUGACCCAGUGCCUGAUGUAGAAACCCCCAAAUUAAAAAAAAAAGUGUGCUUCUGUCUCUCCAUAGCAUACGUGAUGUAACUGUGUCUGCAUGGAUUAAAACAUCGUCUGUAACACUA